ACCGUAUAUUUGACCGGAAUAUGCGCGGUCACACUGUCCACCAUCUUGGAACGAAGUUGCCACAUAAAAAAAAGUCGGAAAGAAGGAAAAAACUACCCAAUCUCGCGAAAAAUAAGUGUUGACUAUUGUAAGAAAAAAUUUAUCAAUCGCAGUACGCGCCAAAAGAAAACCCGGCAGCGAAUCGCUGGGUCAACUGCAUCAUUAGGCACGUACUCUCGUGUGGCUCUGUCGUUGAGGAGGAGGUGGAGAGGAGGCGCUGACGCCACGCCACACACAUCACUCAGCCCAACACACACCACACACGCUAAAAGAGCCCAAGAAACAAAAAAAUGACCUCGAAGCGUAAGUAUCAGAGCCUGUCGAGCUCCAAUCCGGCUGUGAUCAAAGAGGAGAUUGUGCCCGUGCUCAUACAAACGGAAUCGGACGAAGGCGAAAACGGCGAUACACCACAUUACACAUAUGCCUACACGACGACCACAGAAGAUGACGAUGCCGAGACGACGGAGGUGAUCACAAUGGACGAUCGCCAAGAGGUAAUUAUCGAUGAGAACGGGCAUGCCGUGACGCUGCAGCAAUUGGUGGAGAACAGCACCGUCGAGGAGGUGGAGACCAUCGAACAGGGCGAUGGCACGCACACCAUUCUCCGUAUUGUGCCAAGCAUACGGGGCGGCCACCACGCCGAUGGCGAGGAAGAUGACGAGAACGAGGAACUGGAGGAGGAGAUCGAGCAUGAUGAGGAGCACGAGGUGGAGGAGAUUCUGGGAAUCGAACACGAGGGCCUCGAGGAAGAGACCGAAGAUGGUGUCAGCUCGAUUGUCUUCGAGGGCACCAUUGACCACAGCAUGGAGGGGGACGGACGCAGCAAGACUUUCUACUGCCCAAACUGUGGCAACUGCUACAGCGCUGCCGGCUCCCUGAAGCUGCAUAUGCGAGCCUGCCUGCGGCAGCGCAACGAUGUCUCGCCCGAGGACCGCAAGUGUUCCGUCUGCAGCAAGAUCUUCAAUUCGGUGGCCUACCUCAAGGAGCACAUGAUGCGACAUACCGGCGAGCAGCCGUUCCGCUGCACCCGUUGCUACCGAAAAUUCAUCGAUCAGCAGAAGUUCAACGCCCACAUGGAGUCGCACAAGCAUCAGGACAAGCUGGAGGCCGAGGCCGUGGCCCUGGCUGCCCAGCAUGGCGGUAAGAAGGUGGUCGUGAAGGAAUUCAAUUGUUCCUUUUGCAACGAGGACUUCACCGUCGUGUUUGAUGUGGGUCAGGUGAAGCGGCGAUAUGCCUGCGACGGCUGCCGCGAUAAGUACUCGAAUGCGGAGGCUCUGCGCCAGCACAAGCAGUUAGUGGAGGAGAAACGGGAAUUCACUUGCGAUCGAUGCGGCCGCAAGUUCGUCUUCGAGGGCUUCCUUCAGCGCCACUUACCCAACUGCGAUGGCAGCAUCAAGCGGCGGCGGGACAUGAAGUAGAGAUGGCAGCAACGUGAUGACAAUUGGCGGCCGACGAACCGCAGGCGGUGGCCCCCUCGACACCAGCUGGAGAACCACAAUGAUGACUACGAUGAUAGUGAUGAGUACCAGCUCCAGUCCGAGGUGGAUCCCCUGAUGGUUUUACCAAUGCAUUACGUUGUUAUUAAGCAGGAGGCAAGCAAGAAGGACGAUACCGAUGACGAUGACGGCUUGGAUGUGAGGCAAAAGAAAGAACAGGCAGAGGAGUAGCAAUUAGCAAUCGAAAGAUGGAUGGAUGGCUCUACCAACCCCCCGGCGGGACAAUCAAAUACUUUAUUGUGUAAUUCUGAAAAAUUUCCGUUUUCCCCAGUCGUGUGUGUGGAAUUGGAGGUGUGGGGAAGGAAAGAAGAAAGAGCAAGAAAGAGUCCAAAUAUGUUGAAGGUGUGUGGUAGGUGUGGUAAGAAAAGAGCAAGAAAGAGUCCAAAUAUCUUGAAUAACGUAUAUAUAUUAUAUAGAUAUAUUGAAAUAAUUUUUUUUUUCAUAUUGAUAUAUUAUCAUUGGGACCGUGAAUCAUUUAAAAUCCCAGAAAUUUAUUUUUGUUGAAGAAAAAUGUUUAUGAAAGGCAUAAGGCCCCUUUAAGUAGAAAUAUUGAUAAUUUUAAGAACAAAAAAAAGAUGAUUUUUGGUUAUCAAAUUAUAUUCGAUUUCGGUUAAAGAAAAACUAAACUCCUACAUAUUGGCCUACGAGAGACGAAUAUAGAGGGAGACGGAAACGGAGAGGCAAGAUCAUGAAAUACGCCAUCAACGCUCCAGUUUUCGGUCAAUGUAUAGCCUAAGCACAUUACUUACUUAUUUAAAAUCCCAGAAAUUUAUUUUUGUUGAAGAAAAAUCUUUAUGAAAGGCAUAAGGCCCCUUUAAGUAGACAUUGAUAAUUUUAAGAACAAAAAAAGAAAUGAUUUUUGGUUAUCAAAUUAUAUUCGAUUUAGGUUUAAGAAAAAACUCCUACAUAUUUUCCCACGAGAGACGAAUAUAGAGGGAGACGGAAACGGAGAGGCAAGAUCAUGAAAUACGCCAUCAACGCUCCAGUUUUCCGGUCAAUGUAUAGCCUAAGCACAUUACUUACCUUAUUAAAAAGAAAAAAACCUUACUUUAUAAUUCUGCUAUUUAAUCGUUAAUGCUUCGGGAGGCUCCCGCUAUUGUGAGGCAAACCCCAAACAUUUCUGAUUGGUGUUGAGCUCAAUAAAGCCAAAGUCACACGAA